CGACGAAACGAAAAUUUUAAAGACUGUGGAAGAGUUACCUGCGGAUUCUCCUAUAGGAAUGGCCCUUGAAGUGACGGUGUCGUACCCGAAAGAGUUACAUGAUGCCCACAACGAAAUGCCGUUUCUACCUGAACGAAAAUGUCCGCCUAAUUCACGGGUCAAAAAACUGUUGUCUACUUUCGAUCGGAAAGAAAACUACGUUAUACACUAUUUAAAUUUAAAACAGGCUAUGGCAAACGGAUUAAAAGUAGAAAAGGUGCAUAAGGUGUUACAAUUUAAGCAGUCGGCCUGGCUAUCAAAAUAUAUACAACUCAACACGGAGAUGAGACAGAAAGCCAAAAAUGAUUUUGAAAAAGACUUUUUUAAAUUAAUGAACAACGCUGUUUUUGGUAAAAUGAUGGAACGUGUACAAUUUAGAACGCAAAUGGAAUUGGUCAAUAAUCCUAAACGAGCGGCUAAAUUAAUUAGAAAGCAUAAUUUCAAACAUUGUACAACAUACAGUGAAAAUUUAUCGGCGUUUGUAUUGGAAAAGAAAAUUAUCGAUUUUUGUAAACCAGUAUACGUAGGUUUCGCAAUUUUAGAAAUUAGUAAAACUCUCGUAUACGAUUUCCAUUAUAACGUAAUGAAGAAAUAUUUCAAAGACCGUGCUCGACUGUUAUACGGUGACACAGAUUCAUUAGUGUACUUUAUCGUGGGUGAUGACUUUUACGCGGUAGCAAAGAAAAAUCCUGAUCUAUUGGCUAGACUUGACACUUCAGGUUUGCCGAGCAGUCAUCCGUGUUAUUCAAACGCUAACAAAAAGGUACCUGGUUUGUGGAGUGACGAAGCGCCGGGGAAAUCUAUAUUGGAGUUUAUUAGUCUAAGACCAAAAUGUUAUGGUUUUGACUUGGAGGGUAAAGAAAAAAUCAAGGCGUAAGGGAUACGUGGUCACGUUGUGAAAAAACAUCUUACAGUCGAGGACAUGAAACGGUGUUUGUAUGCUGAAGAGGAGCCUACAAUAAGCG